CAUUGAGAGAUGAGCUGCCCCUCUGUGAAAUCUACAUAUGAAAACAUAUUUUUGUCGAUUUUUUCAUUGAAAAAAGUAUUAAUUAGUGCUAGAAAUUACAUUAUGUUGUCCCAAAUUAAAUGAGCUUUUAUUCAAAUUGAUUAUUGGAAUUUGAUGAAUUUUAAAUAAAUUGGAAACAUGACAUCCAGUAGACUAGAUCGAUUAUUUGUUCUCUUGGAAAAUGGCAGCUCGUCCGUGACCCGUUCGGCAGCUGCCAAACAGCUAGGAGAAGUCCAGAGGUUGCAUCCUCAUGAACUAAAGACUCUGCUGUCGAGAACCGCUGCUUAUCUGAGAUCAUCUUCUUGGGAAACUCGAAUAGCGGCUUCGGAAGCUGUCAGAGCCAUAGUGUAUAAUGUCCCGCAGUGGAAUCCACCUGGAGUCGACAUCAAACCAGACGAAGAUGGUCAUUUACAAUCUCUAUCUGACAUUGGAAGACUACGCUUUAGCCAUUUUAACAUGCACACUGUAUUGGCAAACAGUACUCAUCUUAUGGCUUCAGAAGGGAAAGAAUUUGACAUGGAAGAAGACUUAUCAAUAGAUUCGAAACAAAAAAUGGCUAAACAACGACAACAAUUAAAUGCCAGAUUAGGUCUCAAUAUGGCUGCCCAAAUGGGAAUCGACACUUCAAAUCUCUUUACCAAUGAAGAUCUGAUUAAUAAUUCUGAUAAGAAGAUUAACUGUGAUAAUGUCAGGAAAAAUAUUCAAGAGGUGAUAUCUCCCCUAAACAAAGAACUGAGUUUAAGAGAAAUAAACAGAGCCAAAAGGAAAGCUCGACAGGCUGUGCACAAACAGCGUUCAAGAGAGAAUGUUUUAGAUGAUAAUAGUUCUGAGGAGCCCGAAAGGAAGAAACCAAAAACCGAAGUGAAAGAGGAAUAUGCUAUUCAAUUCGACUUGGAAGCAGGUGACGCUGGCGACUGGCCUCUAGAAUGGUUCUGUGAUCUAUUGAGUCAAGACUUAUUUAGUUCUAAUUGGGAAACUCGACAUGGGGCCGCUACUGCCCUAAGAGAAGUGUUAUCAGUCCAUGGAUUUGGAGCAGGAAGGGCUACUUACCUUCCAAGCGAACAGAUGCAGAUAAACCACGAAAUUUGGCUCGAAGACAUAGCAAUAAGGCUGUUGUGCGUUUUGGCCUUGGAUAGAUUCGGCGAUUUUGUUUCCGACGCGGUGGUAGCACCCGUUAGAGAGACUUGCGCGCAAGCAUUGUGUGCAGCUUUAAAGCUAAUGCCGCCCGAAGCUUGUUUAGAAGUUCUGAAGGUUUUGUUGCAGCUCAUGGACCAUACCGAAUGGGAAGCCAGGCAUGGAGGGUUGUUGGGACUAAAAUACCUCCUGGCAGUAAGGGAUGACAUGAUAGACAAUUUUCUCCCCGAGAGCUUCCCGUUCAUUCUUCAAGGACUGUCUGACUCUGUAGACGACGUUAGCGCUGUUGCUGCCUCGUCUCUAAUUCCGGUUGCCGAAAAAUUGACGGAAUUAGUUCCACAAUCCGUACCGUUAGUGAUAGAAAAGCUGUGGGAAUUAUUAGCUGAACAAGACGAGCUAGCAGCGGCCUGUAACAGUUUCAUGGGUUUAUUAGCAGCUAUUUUGAACUUACCAAACGCUCAGACACUUCUGCCGCCUCAGCCGUUGAACGAUGUUGUACCUAGAUUGUGGCCGUUCUUGUCGCACGGAACGUCUUGUGUAAGAAAAGCAACAUUGCAGACUUUAUGUACAUUAACUGAAAAACCAAAGGAUUCCGAAACGAUUCUUUGGGAAGCGCAACUCCUCCAAGACGCCUUACGCCAUAUAUACCAAAGAGUACUCGUCGAAUCGAACCCUGACGUACGAGCGGUCGCCGAAAAAGUAUGGAACAAUUUAGUUGCGAAUUCUGGAUUGGUGGAAUUAUUACAUGCCGCUUGUCCUUUCAUAACGCUUUGGUUGUAUUUGAGCAUGCAACCAGUAAGAACACCGUUUGAUAUUAAUUUUUUAAUACAAGCCAAGUCGCAAAGGAAGAAGACUGAUGGGCUAAACAGUUUUGACCAUACCGUUGUGCCACCCAAAAUGUAUAUCGGAGGAAUUGAAACUACGCCAAUUGCUACGCGAGAACAAAAUGCCAUACCAGUUCGAUGCACAAUUUCUAGGAUGUUGGGACUCUUGUCUCGUUACAUAACGAAACCUGCUCCGGGUGUAGAUUAUACAUCAAGUGGGUUAGAUACUCCAAUAGAUUCUUACGAAAAAGUCCUUUUAGUACAUCUACAUUCGAAAUCUGCUUUACAACGUAUGGUGACAGGUCUGGUCAUCUCUGAAUGGGCUAAAGCCGACCAACAAACGACACCAUGUCCCCCUAAUCUUGUAUGCCGCCUUCACCAGUGUUUCGAGGAAUUCAUAUACUUUGAUGAAAUCGCUCACAGCUUCACUAGAUUAGCUCAAGAGACUAAAGACUUUCUAGCUACCCUUAGACACUACAAAGUUCCGAUUACUGUUGCAAAUGACAAUGUACUGACAUUGGAACAAAUUAAAGAUUUAACAGGGCCACAAACUCAUGAGAUUCUAGUCAACUUUAAGUUAAAAUCGAAGGUUUUAGAGAGCCUAGAGGAAAGAAGAAAAAGUAUACAGACUUCUGUGACGCAGACCAAUAAGGAUCAAAACGCAUUGUAUAUUAGUACUCUAGCUACAUUGGCUUGCGCUGCUGUGAUGUUCAAAGCGCUUCCGGAAAAAUUAACUCCUGUAGUAAAACCACUUAUGGUAUCUUUGGCCUGUGAACAAGACCCGAAUUUACAAAAAAUCACCGCAGAACAUUUAGCCAUAUUAUUGGAUUUGGUCCGCACUAGAGAAAUUAAUCCUUACAACAAAGUUAUAUCAAGACUGUGCGAUUUUCUGAGGAGCGAUCCUGAAUUCACUCCUGUUAUUCAUAAACAUAUGGGUGAGAACAGUUCGCAAAAAGACAUUGUACGCCCAGGAAACUACAACGGUAUUGUGACGCUCAACAAUCAGCAACGCACUGCCGAAAGGGCAGCAUUAAGAAGGUCAAACAGUUCUGGAAGAGGACCAGGUAGACCCCCAGCAACUGAUAUACCCAUGGAAGAACUCUUUAAAGAAGAAGACGACACUCAAAAGGCGAAUUUCGUAAAAAGACGAGGCGGUACAUUGGCUCUAGUUGCUCUGGUUAAACAUUUUGGUGAAAAUUUACCAGCGAAUUUGCCUAAAUUAUGGGAAUAUAUGAUUGGACAAUUAACGGAUUCUGUAGAUCCAUUUAAUUUCAAUUCUAGCGAUCUGUUAAAUAAAGAUGAUAAAGCUGAAGAACUUUUGUGGGCCUUACAAGUUUUGGAAGUAACGGCCGACAGUUUGCAUAAAUCUCUGUUAUCAGAAGUGAUGCAAAAGUCACUGAUUCGACUAUGUGUCUUACUUUCGCAUCCAUAUAGAGCUGUGAGACAUUUGGCAUCACGGUGUUUAGCAAUUUUUGCUAAGUUGGAUUCUGUCAGAGUAAUGGAAAUGAUAGUCAAUAUAGUUUUGCCCAAAUUGGGAGCUACCGAUUGCGAUAUUGACAGACAAGGUGCCGUAGAAGCAAUAGCAUGUAUAGUUGAUGAACUGAAAUAUGACAUAAUACCUUAUGUCGUAUUGCUUGUGGUGCCAUUACUAGGUAGAAUGUCCGAUCAAAAUAUGUGUGUAAGACUUAUGGGAACGCACAGUUUUGCCACACUUAUUCAAUUAAUGCCCUUAGAUGGAGGUAUACCCGAACCACCUGCUUUGAAAGGUAGCAUUUUAAACGUGCAAAGAGUGAAAGAAAGAGAAUUUUUGAAUCAACUUUUGACACCGACUUCAAUUCCCGAUUAUCAGGUUCCCGUACCCAUUGAGGCGGAGUUAAGAAGUUACCAGCAGGCUGGUGUGAAUUGGCUGGCGUUUCUUAAUAAGUAUAAGUUACAUGGUAUCCUAUGCGAUGAUAUGGGUCUUGGGAAGACUUUGCAAAGUAUUUGUAUACUGGCUGGAGAUCAGUUUGAUAGGGAACAAAAAUAUAUUGAGACGAAAUCACCCGAUUGUGCACCUUUACCAUCCAUGGUGAUUUGUCCUCCCACUUUAACAGGUCACUGGUUAUAUGAAGUUGAAAAAUUUUUAAAGAACAAAUACUUACGACCUCUUCAAUACAAUGGUUCCCCGACCGAGAGAGAAAAGUUGAGACACCGAUUCAAAAAAUACAACAUAAUAAUCGCUUCUUAUGAUAUUGUUCGUAAGGAUAUUUCAUAUUUUUCUACAAUUAAAUGGAAUUACAUAAUUCUUGAUGAAGGACAUGUGAUAAAAAACGGCAAAACUAGAACGAGCAUAGCAAUAAAAGCUUUAGCAGCCAACCACAGACUGAUCUUAAGUGGUACUCCAAUACAAAAUAAUGUCCUAGAACUUUGGAGUCUUUUCGAUUUCCUAAUGCCCGGCUUUUUAGGCACCGAAAAGCAAUUUACAGCGCGCUAUUCUCGCCCUAUUCUAGCGAGUAGAGAUCCGAAGAGUUCUCCCAAAGAACAAGAAGCUGGAGUUUUGGCUAUGGAAGCUUUACAUCGACAGGUGUUACCUUUUCUCCUAAGGAGAAUGAAAGAAGAUGUUUUGGACGAUUUACCUCCGAAAAUUACCCAAGAUUAUUAUUGUGAUUUGAGUCCUCUGCAAGAACAACUUUACGAAGACUUUUCAAAAAGUCAAGCACAUCAAACCCUGCAGGAAUCUAUUUCUUCUGGAUCUCCAGCCGGUUCUAUCCAUAACACACAUAUAUUUCAAGCAUUACGUUACCUUCAAAAUGUUUGUAACCAUCCAAAAUUGGUACUGAAUCCGUCCCAUCCGUAUUACCAUAAUAUUAUUUCUUCGUUAAAAAAACAGAAUUCGAAAUUAGAGGAUAUUAAUCAUUCGGCCAAGUUACCUGCAUUAAAACAACUUCUUCAAGACUGUGGUAUAGGCGUUAACGAGAGCACUGACAAAGAAUCGGCUGAUAUAGUAAUCAACCAACACAGGGCGUUAGUUUUCUGUCAGCUGAAAGGGAUGUUAGACAUUAUAGAAGAAGACUUAUUUAAAUUAAAUAUGCCUGGAGUGACAUAUCUAAGACUGGAUGGAUCUAUACCACCUGUUCAGAGACAUUCAGUAGUUACCAGAUUUAACAACGACCCUUCGAUAGAUGUAUUACUCUUAACUACGCAAGUUGGAGGCUUGGGUUUGAAUUUGACAGGGGCGGACACCGUUAUAUUCGUCGAGCACGAUUGGAAUCCGAUGAAAGAUUUGCAGGCUAUGGACAGAGCUCAUAGAAUUGGACAGAGGAAGGUUGUCAACGUUUAUAGAUUAAUUACAAGAGGAACUUUGGAAGAAAAAAUUAUGGGUUUGCAAAAAUUCAAACUCCAAACCGCCAACACCGUCAUAAGCAGCGAAAACAAUCACCUCGAGACAAUGGGUACCGACCAAAUAUUGGACCUGUUUUCCCACAAGAAUUCUGUCAAUGGAGAGAUGUCAGCAGGUGGUGCGAAAUCGAUUACGGGGGGCAUGAAAGCCGUUUUGGAAUCGUUGCCGGAGCUUUGGGAUAGUAGACAGUACGACAACGAGUACGAUUUGUCCCAGUUCAUGUCAAAGCUGAAGUAGAAUUAUGUAGGUAUUUGUUGCUGUGUGAAAAUUCGAGCAAUAACUAUGAUAAAUGGUUUUGUAAGUUUUGAGUCUGCGGAAAUAUUACCAAAGAUUUAUUUAUUUUCAGAUUUAGCGUUAUAAGUUAUUAUAAAGGGCUCGUCAAAAAAAAUCGUUAUCAAAUAUCUAUAUGGCUGAAUUUAAUAAAUUCAAUUAUUUUGGUUUGUUUAUUAUAACAGCGAAACGCUUUAAUAUUGUCUAAAUUUAGACUUUCCCAAAUUUUCAAAAAUAACUUUUAAGACGUUUUUGACGAGUGCUCUGUAGAUGGAGGAGUAAUAAACAGUUCCUUAAAUGGAAUUAAAAUAUUACCAAAACCGUGUACUUAAAUUGCAACAAAUCUUGCAAUUUAAUAUUAAUUUUUUGGAUUUAUGUUUCUAUGAAAUAAAUAAUUAUUAUUUCUGUUUUUGUAUUUAGCUUUUAUAGCUACCCUCCCUCCUCCUAACUUAUAUUAGUGUUGGUAGAGUAGGUGUGUAACACUCAAAAUCUAUUUUUAGAUAUUUUUUUAAGUUUUGAUUUUUUUUUUAUUACUGAUAUUUAUAGAUCAUCAUUUUCAUUAUUCAUUUUAUAAUUUAUAUUCAUUUGGUUAUAAUUAAUUCUAUUGCAAGUUUAUUUUACAUUGUAUUGUCAACUACAUAAAGCACAAAAUUAGUAGAUAGACAAAUACAGUCUCACACUGUCACAAAUUUUUGAGUGUUAAUACGAUAGUCAAACAGCAUGCCAUAUAUUUCUUUUUUCGUUUUAAUUUAUUGUCUUAAAAAUGUAUCUUUUAAUUUAAGGUCAUGCAGUAUCCACACAAUAUCUAAAAAAAGUUCAAUAUCAUAAUAAGAAUAUUUUUCUGCUGCCAAAAAAAAAAGUAAAUUUAAUAUAUCUAAAAUCAAGGUAUGUAAAAAUUAAAACUAACAAAUUUAAUUAAAAAUUAAACUUCCCGUCCAAUUAAUCACAGCCGUUAUGUUUAUUUUUAAGAGAAGAGUUGGGUGCUGUAUGUCCUUAAUAAAGACAAUUCUACACCCUUUUUGUAACUCCUUAAUAAAAUUAUUAAAAGGCAAUAAAUGUAUAUUUAA